GUCUUCCAUGAAACAGGUUCCUGGUUCCAAAAAGGUUGGGGACUUCUGGCCUAUGUGAGUUCAUAGGUCAUAUGCCCAGGAAGCCGGCCUUGCCUAGGUCUUAUUCAUCACCUAGAGAGUGCUCAAUAAAUCCUCAUUGAAUAAAGGAGUUUGGGUUUCUCCUGCAACACUGAAUCAGGAAAGCAGUGUAGCCAUGGGGAAAGAGGAAGUGGAGAUCCUCAUCCUUCCCACGGUCCAGGCUAGCUCCAUAGCCUGGGGCCAAUCAGUGAAUAUCAACUGUGCCUCAGUUUCCUACAUCCAUACAUGGGAAGAACUGUCUUUUCCCCGUCGCUUUUCUGCCGUGCACCAAGAGUAAAAGAGGCACAAAUGUACACGCUCAACUUGCAGCAAUGUGAUGGCUCUGUGAUUCUGAAGGACACCGUGAGGUGUGGUGUUCUGUUAAAGAAAAUGCCAGCAAAUCAGAGACAUCCCCAUAGAAGCCAGAAGAUGUGGUUAGUGUUUGUACCAUGAAAUGUCUGCGUGUUCUGAGGUGGGCUAAAGGACAGUUGCUUUUCUUCCCUAUUAAAUAGGUGGUUAGACUCAGACAUAAGGGUGCAGGAAGCAGAACGGUGUCAGAGACAAAGAUGACUGCAUGGAGUUUGGUGAGAAACUAUCCCCAAAGCAGCAAUUUUUUGGAUGAGUCUCAGCCUUUCUGAGCCUCUGUUAUUCCAACUGCGAAGUGAUACAAUUAACAAUAACAAAAAUUUGAUAAGAGCAAAUACAUUUGACAUUUUUAAUGCACCUGCUACUAUUCUAAGCCCUUUAAAGAUACACAUUUAUUUAGAUUCAUAGAACACCCCAUGAUGCAGGAGCUGUUACUAUCUACAUUGUACUGAGAAAUGUGGAGAAAGUUCCAGUAACUUGCCAAGGAUGUAGCUGGCAAGUUGGAACACUGAGAUUUGAACCCAGGGCUCUGGCCUCCAGAGUCUGUGCACUAACCACUAUAAUACCUCUGAGACUGUGAGGGGCAAAUGAGUGACAACACAUUGCUUUGGAAGUGAAAGGCGAUCUAAACAUGCAAGUAUUAACAGUAUUUAAAAAAAAACAAUAACAAUGGUAGGUCCCUCUGAUGCUUCUGACUUUAUUUCUCUGGUCACAGUUUUCGCCUCUGUAAAAUGGGUGGGCAGGCUUUGCAUUGGAUAAUCUCUGAGGUCCCUUCCACUUCUCGGAUUCUGGUAAUGAAAGGUCCUUCUUUCCUCACAUAGGGCUGAGAGAAGGGCAAGCCACCGGCUUGCAGAACUUGGAGGCUGAUACAGGGAAGCCUACCCAGGACAGAGCUGGAAAAGCCAAGGCACACAGUGGGGACACACCAGAGGGCAGGCCUCAGAGCCCCUGACAGCCUUCUGAAACUCUGGUGGCAUGGAGGGAGGUUGUGGGCUAGUGGCUGGCUGGGCUACAAGGAGAAGAAAGGACUCCACAGAGCAAUUUAUAACAGCUGCUCAGUAAGUGCUCAUUUGUUUCUCUCCACCUUGGAAUAGGGCUUAGUGUGUGUGAGAGGGGGAUGCUACAUAAACCAGCCCUAGAACGAUGGGCUUACCAGAAAGAACUGGGGCACUCUGCAGGGGCAGUGUCUGGGGAAGGGUUCUCCAAAACAGGUGACAUUUCAGAGGGGCCUGGAUGGAUGAGUAGGAUUUCAACAGGCAGAGAUGAAAGGGGAGGGUGCUCCAGGCACAAAGCAAGAACUCCCCGCAGCCGUGAAGAACAGCUGGUGUUUGGCAACAGCCAGUGUGUCCAGAGCAAGUGUUGUGUGUGUGUGUGAGGGAGAGAGGGUGAGGCUGGGAAAUCAGGUUGUGGCCACAGUGGGCAGGGUGGGCCUUGCCUUGUGCACUAGGCUGAGGGGUUAUCCCGCGGCCUGAACACCUUGGGAGGCCUUUGAAGAUUUACUUAGUGCUUUAUUAACAAAUACGUAUUGGGCUUUGGGUUUUUGGUGUUUUGUUUUGUUUUUUAACGAUUCAUGCCCACAGUAGAAUAGACAGAAGGGUCAGAAAAGUAUAAAGAAUAAGAUCCCCUUUUAGUUUCUGUUCCCAGAGAUAACAGCUGGAGUGACGCCAGGCCGUUGGCGGGUUUUCGGGGUGCACUCCUAGACACCACCUCUCCAGUGAGUCAGCAAGGGCCGGACUGAUGCCCCUCCUUGGGAACCUGAAUCGGGGCAAGGAGCCUAGGGGGCCUAGGGGGCAGAGGGGCCGGGGAAGCCCGACCAGUCAGGCAGGCUAAAUCGGCAGGGGCCCCGCCCUCGCCACCCAGGCUCCCUGGCAGUCUCAGGUCGCGCCUGCCGGCCCGGACCCCGCCGCUCGGCGCGCGCACGUCCAGGAGGGCGCCCAGGGGGCGCCGCUUCCCCUUGAGCUCCGCUGGGGGGCUGGUCCAGCGCGCGGACCGGGGCGGAAAGAGUCGGGCGGAGCGGGCGGCGGGGCAGGUGGCUGCUUGACAGCCGUGAGCCGAGCGGGCGCGCGGGCAGGUCCACGGGAAGCGUACACGCUCAAGGUCAUGCCCUGACCACAGCUGCCCUUCAGGAGGCUGGCACGGAGCCACCCGGGAUCAUUGGGCUGUUUGUCAAGGGUGUGACAGCAGCGGCUUGCCACUCUUCCUCCAUGAGCCCAGCCAGAGCCUCCACUGGGCACUCAGCACAAGAAAAACCCUGCAGGAGCCAGAGUCCAGAGCGUUGGGAUUCAGCAGGAGUGCCAGGAGAAUUCAACACAGGUGUGCUGCGUCCUCUCCUGCCAGGCGUGUGGCUGGACACGAGUCUUGCUGAUGGUGGAAUUCAAGUCACCAGUGGCCAAAGUACCCUCCAGGUGUGAAGAGUUGCAGGUCCUCUGAGGAGCCAGGAGCUGCAAGGUUCUGAAAAAGACUUCAAGAAACUGACUAAUCUCAAUGGCUGCCCCUGAUGGGAGGGUAGUCUCCAGACCCCAAAGACUUGGUCAGGGGUCUGGCCGGGGACCAAAGGGGCGUGGAGCCUGCCUGCAUCCCCUGGACAGCCUGGAGCAGAAGGAGACUCAGGAGCAGACGCCGGGCCAGCUGGACAUGCUGAGGAAGGCACAGGAAUUCUUUCAGACCUGUGAUGCUGAAGGCAAGGGCUUCAUCGCCAGGAAGGAUAUGCAGAGGCUGCAUAAGGAGCUACCGCUCAGCCUGGAGGAACUGGAGGAUGUGUUUGAUGCCCUGGAUGCUGAUGGCAAUGGCUAUCUGACCCCAGAGGAGUUUACUACUGGAUUCAGUCACUUCUUCUUCAGCCAGAAUAACCCAAGUCAGGAAGAUGCAGGUGAGCAGGUGGCCCAGCGCCACGAAGAGAAGGUGUAUCAGUCCAGAGGGGACGAGGAUCUGGGAGACAUGGGCGAAGAUGAGGAAGCCCAGUUCCAGAUGCUGAUGGACAGACUUGGAGCCCAAAAGGUUUUGGAAGAUGAAAGUGAUGUCAAGCAGCUCUGGCUACAGCUGAAGAAGGAUGAACCUCAUUUACUAUCCAACUUUGAAGAUUUCCUGACCAGAAUCUUCUCCCAGCUCCAAGAAGCCCAUGAGGAGAAGAAUGAACUGGAGUAUGCCCUAAAAAGGAAAAUUGCUGCUUAUGAUGAAGAAAUCCAGCAUCUCUAUGAGGAGAUGGAACAGCAAAUCAAAAGUGAGAAGGAGCAGUUUCUCCUGAAGGACACAGAGAGGUUUCAAGCCCGCAGUCAAGAGCUGGAACAGAAACUGUUAUGUAAGGAGCAGGAGCUGGAGCAGCUCACCCAGAAGCAGAAAAGGCUGGAAGGUCAGUGCACAGCCCUGCAUCAUGACAAGCGUGAGACCAAGGCUGAGAAUACCAAGCUGAGACUCACCAACCAGGAGCUGGCCCGGGAGCUGGAGCGGACCUCCUGGGAGCUCCAGGAUGCUCAGCAGCAGCUGGAAAGCCUUCAGCAAGAGGCCUGCAAACUCCACCAGGAGAAGGAGAUGGAAGUGUACCGUGUGACGGAGAGUCUACAGCGCGAGAAGGCCGGGCUCCUCAAGCAGCUGGAUUUCCUAAGGGAAAGGAACAAGCACCUUCGGGAUGAACGAGACAUAUCUUUUCAGAAAAAUAAGGCAGCCAAGGCAAACACAGCUGCUUCCAGGGCAAGCUGGAAAAAGAGAUCUGGCUCUGUGAUAGGCAAAUAUGUGGACGGCAGAGGGAUUCUUAGGAGCCAGUCAGAGGAGGAGGAGGAGGUGUUUGGCAUCCCAAGGAGAAGCUCCCUGGGCCUGAGUGGAUAUCCCCUAACAGAAGAGGAGCCAGGAACCGGGGAGCCAGGGCCUGGGGGUCCAUACCCCCGGCCUCUCCGCAGAAUCAUCUCCAUUGAAGAAGACCCCCUGCCCCAGCUCCUGGAUGGCGGCUUUGAGCAACCCCUGAGCAAAUGCCCAGAAGAGGAAGAGGUCUCUGACCAAGGGGUACAGGGACAAAUCCAGGAGGCCCCACCCUUGAGACUCACCCCCACAUCCCCCCGAGGGCAGCCUGUUGGAAAAGAAGCCCUGUGUAAGGAGGAAAGCUCUCCCUCCGCCCCCGACCGGCUCUUCAAGAUUGUGUUCGUCGGCAAUUCCGCGGUGGGGAAGACGUCCUUCCUGAGGAGGUUCUGUGAGGACCGGUUCUCCCCAGGCAUGGCGGCCACUGUGGGCAUUGAUUACCGUGUGAAGACGGUGAACGUGGACGACUCUCAGGUGGCCCUGCAGCUGUGGGACACGGCUGGGCAGGAGAGGUACCGGUGCAUCACCCAGCAGUUCUUCAGAAAGGCCGAUGGUGUCAUCGUCAUGUACGAUCUCACAGACAAGCAGUCGUUCCUGUCGGUCCGGCGGUGGCUGAGCAGCGUGGAGGAAGCUGUGGGAGACCGGGUUCCUGUUCUUCUGCUGGGUAAUAAGCUUGACAACGAGAAAGAGCGGGAAGUCCCCCAGGGCCUCGGAGAGCAGCUUGCCAAGGACAACAAUCUGAUCUUCUAUGAAUGCAGCGCCUACUCUGGUCACAACACCAAAGAGUCCCUGCUCCAUCUGGCCAGGUUCCUCAAGGAGCAAGAAGACACAGUGAGAGAGGACACCAUUCAGGUCGGCCACCCUGCUAAGAAGAAAUCCUGCUGUGGCUGAUAGGGUCUUACCAGGACUGCCCCCAGCAAGCCUGAGGUCACAGAGCCUGCCCUGAUCCUGCACACGGCUCCUACACAGAUGCCACCCACGGGGGCCCGCCCAGUCCUUUUCUUUGUCAGUCACUCGCCUCCCCCAAAAGGAAGGGAAGCACAUCCCAUCAGGAGAGCUGCUCUUGGAGCAUCUCAGAGCCUUUUCUCUCCUUUCUCUUUCUAGACCCCAGAUGCCCAUCCCUCCUUUGUUGUUGUUGUUGUUGUGUUCCCUGACUUAGUUUCCUAAGGGAAAGAAACAGAUGGGCGUUUCCAGAAAAGCCACCACGUGCCUUCUCCACCCCCCUUCUCCUCUCCUUGCCCUUCGGAGCCUCAGCACUGCUGUUGCCAUGACAACCAUGCGGGGCUGACUUGCGGCUUCCUGCAGGCCAAGGUACAGCACUCAGGUGCUGCUAGGGUGGUUAGUCUUGCUCAGCCCCUGUUCUCCAGCGGCCAAAGGGAUACUUUUAUACCUGCUUCGAGGACCUUGAGAUACCCAGGUUGUUGACUGCAGCAAACCAGAGCGGCCACAUUCUAUUCUACCCCCGACCCGGGGGCUCUGCUCGUUCCUUAAUCCCAGCUUUGAACCUUCCUCUCAGCACCAUGCCCGCUGCCUUUGUCCCCUUGGGUUUUCUGGAACGGUGCCUUAGGGAGAACCGACAGCCUUUCCUCCUCGCCCCCCACCUACAGCCCUGACUCCGGGGUGGACUGUGGGUGAUAAGUGUACGCCUGGGGUUAGGGGUGGGUUGACUUCCCGCUUAACUUUGACUGAGAAAUGAAGAGAAAACUAGUGGAGAAAAGCCAUCUGCUGCUAAACAGAGCGACCAUUUCUGGAGGGUACAAAUGAGGUAUAUAUAGCUAUAUAAAAGCCAUUUUCUAAAUGUUUCUCAAAAUAGCUCUUUGAAAACUCAUACGUGAUGAUUAACAGGGUAGACUGACACGCAGGCAGUGGGGCCCAGCGCGAGGGCCGUAGUUACUGACUUCAUUUUAUUUUCUUUUACUUUAUUUCAGAACACUGUAUUUUUUUUUCAGUGUGGCUGUGAUGUUGACAUUUUGCUGGUGUUUGAGAAGUGAACAGAAUGUAGCUGCUGGCUUCAGCACCCCCGAUUGCAAUAACACAGGGCACUUGGACUGGGGGAAUGAUCUGGGUCCCGUGGGAUUCCUGCAGUUGGGUGGUGGUGAGUUCCCAGCCAGCUCCGGCACCACUAGCCGGCUGUCACAGUACUCUUGCCCUGUGUAGGAAGUCGAAUGAAAGUUAUUACAAGGAUAACUGCCAAUCACUGGGCCUGCAGACCCAGGCCCCCACAGGAAGGUGGGUAGUCCACACCCAAGUGGGGCACAGAAAGAGGGAGAGGGGCAGAAAGUGUCCACAGGCUUCCAACAAGAUAGUUGAAGACAACCCCACACAGCCACAUGGAUCGGGGAGAGACCACUGGCCAGAGUUCUCAAGGCGUUCCAAUAGCCUCCUCUCAGACUCCCAAAACAGUCAGACGCUCUCUAGGUCCCCAGGCAAGUACCUACCUCUUUUUUUGCAGACUUCUCUUUCAUUGAGCACUUGCAGGAGCCAGAGAGCCCAUGGAG